AUGGACAAAUACAGUAAACUUGUGGUUGGGAUCAAAGUUGACAUACAGCGUACCGAUGGUAGGUGAAGUUCAAUUUACAACACAAGAACAACAAAAACCAUUUUUCUCUUAGGGCUCAGGAAAAUCGACGACCAACCUACUUUUUGCAUUCAUAAAAUAUAGUGUAAUAACUUUUUCAUAGUGCGGUGUCAAUUUUUUCAGGGUUUGUUACUGUCGAGUAAAUUACCCGGCGCGUUAACAUAAUUUGAAGGUUGUUUGCCUGUGUAUUUGAGUGAUACAAAGUGUAAACAUCUCAUCUCUUUACCUCCUCGCCUUAGUAACGACGCUUUCCUUUUUUCAGGGGGAAAAUCGGUUUAAGUAUUAUGCGUUUUAAAGUGGGUUUCAUCAAUCAGACCUUGUGGAAGAUUCUUAUCUACAUAGCUCUAACAUAGAUAUUCAUACAUUCUUCAUAUAAUAAGGAAUGUCUACAUUCAACACGAUAAAUAAAAAGUUUGCAGUUAUUUAUCUCCUCGGCGUAAAUCUGUAGUUCUCUAUAUGCACCAGUACCAGCACGAAUCAAGAAAUCUGUAGUCCCAAGAACAAUUUAUUAUUUCUUUAAAAAGAAAAACUGGUAUAUUGAAAGAAAAUAUGCUAAAAAAAUGACAUUCAGCUGGUAACUUAUAUGAUUUAUUGACACCCUAUUUCUUAAAAAAAAACAUUUGCUUAACAGUAAUAACAAUAUUAUUCUCUGGUACAAAAAUACUUAUACCAAGGCUAUCAAGCACUGACAGUACCCUUUGAGCACUCAGACCCCUUUAUCUUCCUAAGAUCAUAGCUGAAUAUCUCCUUUGUCUGACUGUAUAUUAUUAUUAUUUUUACUCUAGGACGCAUUCACUCCUCAAUGAUAAGUGGCAUUAACUUGGACACAAAAAGUGUGACCGUAGAAUGGUAUGAAAAUGGGGAAACAAAAGGGAAGGAGGUAAGAUUUAUGUUGUUGAGUUAUUUUUAUGGCAGUUUCAUUGUGUUGUGGAUGAGCUGAUAUACACUCACCAAAAAGCAAACUGCAACAUGUUAAAGGCAGUCUGGACAAUAUCUUUAACAUAAAAUCAUAACACACUAUGCUGCUAACUGUACAUGUGCCACCAAUUUUUUUGAGUUCUGUUUUUUUGUGGAGAUCCUGUAUUAAUCACAGAAUUAGUUCCUUCAAUGCACAAAAAUAGCCCACCCCCAAAUUGUAACUCCUGAAAAAAAAUAAUGACUUUUUGGCCCAAAUAAUUUAUUGAAAAUUGUCUCACCCACAUGCCUGCUGGCUGCAACCAAUCAAGUUCCUUGCUUAUUUUUAUGCUCAGAACCUGUGAAAAGUCUUUCUCUAUUUAUGUGAUCCUUAGGAUCACAAUAUUCUCACAUGUCAAUGAUUAAUGAGACAAUAACUGUCUCAUUAUUUCAUAAGUGGUAUUAUGCUUCACUGGUCUUCACUGUGAAUAAAUAUGACACAACACACUCUCAGUCAGAAGAAACAUUUUUUUCUAUAUAUUUUUAUUACACAAAAGAAAUGUUUAAGGUAUCAUGAAAGCUCAUACAUUCUUGCAAUGUUGUCUCAAGUCUUCUGUGGUUGAAUUUAAAUCUUGCUGUUUUAAUAUUAUUAUGUUUUGAACAGACAGUUUUAGCCUGGGGCAAGUAUUUUUUUUAAUCUUUCUCAUGUGGUUGCAAUUAGUUUAUUAAUAUUUGCUUGGAAAUAGAAAAAAAUUACUGUGUUAUUAUUAUUUUUUUUUUUUGAUUGUGCUACCUUGUAAUGUUCAAUCAAAUACCAACAAAAAAAAAUGUAGUCAGAAAUGUAGAUUGUUGUCAAAAAAUCCACUAGAUCUCUAAAAUAAUUACCACAAGUUAUGUAAAUUAAAUUUGACUUCCUAAUGUGUGUUAUGACUUUAGUUAUCUCUUUUAAAUGGUCAACCCAGUGGAUGGCAGUAAACAUUUUGUUCAGCCCAUACCUGCAUAUAUUUUCUCCACACUGCUUUCCAAUGCAUACAUUUUUAAAAAAUAAUUAUUUAUAAGCCACACUAUACAUUCCUGCUCAUUUGGGAUUUCAUCUGUGAUCAGCACAUAAUGAACUGCAAUGAAAAGGAGGAACUUAUAUUAUUAUUGUAACUCUGACAACAUUCAGCCAUUCUCACCUGAGGAUCAAGGUCUCUAGAUCUAAUACUCAUUCAUUGUGUUCAUUAGGGAUCAUAGUUAUAAAAUCAUAAAAUUAUUUUAUGCAUCUCUCCUUUCAUUGCAGAUUGAAGUUGACCAGAUUUUUGCCCUGAAUCCCACCCUUGUUGUUCAACCAAAGCCCUCAAAACCAACAAACAAAAGAAUUUCUUCAACACCAGUCAACAAGGUAUGUGAUUGUAAACAACUGCUUUGUUCAAAUGUCAUAAAUUAAUGGUGACUAGAAUUGUCCCUGGCACUGAUCAGUGCAGCCUGUAUCAAUUUGAUGUUAAAAUGUUUCUUACUUGAUUUUGCAGAAUGCAAGAAAUGAAAGUCACUCGGUGUCUUCUCCAAAAGCUUACACACCUUCAGGUCUAACGAUUGUUUAUUUAAUCAUGUUGUCCCUAUCCAGUGCAUGAAUUCUCCUCUGAAAUCUUGAUAUUUCAAAAUUGAUUCACAUUGUUAGGAGGUUUGAGAAAUCAUGUGUUAAAGUUGGGUUUUUUGGUUUGAAUCAUUAAGAGCUUCAAGAAACCAAGGGUUUAUGAAAUCAAAAUUCUUCUAUUGAGUAACUUUGUGUUCUUCUCCAACAGUAUUUUUUUCCUGUCAAACCCAUCUCUUAGCCUUUUGGAAACUUCAAUGCAUUACCCCUCUGUCAUCUUAAAAAUUCAUUUAUCACAUUUAAUUUGUUUACAAGCAAUUGUCCAGUUUCGAAUUUGUCAUGGCCAAAUAGUAAUUGAAAUAUUCCAGAGGGUUUAAUGUUGGUUAAAUAUAUAUUCUCAAAUUGCAGUCAGACAAAGACCUGUGUACAACUGUGUAGUCCCAUUGUUAUUAACUCAAAUUCAGGCACUUUCUCACCUCUAUUUAUGAACAUUUUACUUUAGGCCGAGGCUAACCCUGUACAAAUGAGUCUUUGGGGAUUUUAUUCAGCGGCCACGUACGGAUUAUUGUUGGUUUUGUCCAAAUUGUGUUGUACCAUGAAUUGUCCAUGCCACCCCCACAGAGUUAGGGUUUUUUGAUAUUAGGGACCUUCACCCCUUUGAAAAUUAUUUCUGUUUCUACUGUAUUUUUAUACUUUCCUUUAAAAAAAUGGCCUUAAAGAUCUCCAUACCAGGUUCUCUGAAUUAGCAGUAACCGUGAGUGGGGCUUAAGUAUUGCUAUUUAUGUCACCACAAUGUGAAGAAAUCUUGGUGGCUUUGCAGGGAAAGUUGAGCGUCCAAUGGCUCUGAAUCUUGCAAAUGAAGAUGAUGGAGGCCCACAGAUAGAGAUUCCACAAAAAGACAAUCCAAGCUCCAAUGCAGGUAAAGUGACUGCUGUGUGUGUAUUUUUUAAUGAUCACUGUUCACUAAAAAUUUGAGCACUCUCUUUCUUCCUUUUAAAAGCCACAAUCCAUUCAUUUUAUUAUGGAGAAAUUGAAUUGGUGGGUUGCACUUUUAUUUAGGGCUUUAAGUUACAAUGCAGUGAAAACGUCUGGCUUAAGUUGCCUCUGUCUGUUCUUAAGAGUAAAACCAGCUAUAAUUAACGUAUUUUUUUAUUAAUACUGAAAUGAAUUCUAUUUAUCAAUAAUUUUUCGUCAAAUAAAGAAUCAUCCUCACAGUUGUGAAUGCAAUUUAUGUAAUUACAUAAGAAACCUGAAAAAAAUGCGAUACUUCAGCGGGGAUUGAACCCGUUGGGAGCUGGUCAGUUAUGUUCAUACAUGUUCCCAUGAAAGAGAUGAAUGUUGUAGAUGUAUAUGGAAUAAAUCAUAUUCAUCCAUCAAAAUAAUAAUUUUUCAUUUUGGUACCCUUAACACUAUUUUUCUUUUCCUCCCUCUACAGUAAAUAGGAGAAGGUCCAACUGUGUCAAGGAGAUUGAGCGUUUAAAAAAAAACAGGGAGGAAAGAAGGUAAAUGGAAAUAAAUUUUGGAUUUGCAAGCAACAACGCAGGCCAAAUUCCUGAGUGUGUAAAUUUGGUUGUUAGCACAGAGACGCAAUCUGAACAUUUUGAUAGGCUUUUUUUAUUAUUUCUUGUCGAAAAUUGAAUGCUAAACUCGUCUAUUGCACCAAUCUUUGCAAGACAUCAGAUCCCUGGUACAUAAGGUUUUAGGUCAGCCCCUUUUGUCUUAAUUAUUUGGAAAGAAAGUCCUUAAAUGAAAAAUUGGGUUUGUCUCAAAUAGUCCUUGUGAAAAAAAAGUUCUCAGGACUACAAGUUUAUCAACUGCAUAAAACAUGAACCCACAGAUAAAGGGGCUUGCCCAGGUUUUGCUCUUCUGGUUUUAUAUCACAGUGUGAUCACUACUAUCAAGAGAGUUUAUUUAUGAGUUCAUGCUACCUUUGUAAUUUCCAGAGCUCAACAGCAAGAACAGCGAGAAAUGAAGCUUCGUCUACAGCAAGAGGUGGAUCCUGGAAACUCCAACUGGGAAUUUUUACAAAUGAUAAGGUGUGAUAUGUCAUGAUACCAUCACAUGAGACAAAUUCAGUAAGAGCACAUGUAUCUAAUAGUAAUAUUGUUUAAUAAUAACAUGCAUGUAUGGUAAUACCCAGAUAUGCAAAACUGAAAUAAUUAGUGAAGGUGAAAAAACUUAAGAGUCAUUUUUCAAGGCUGUGCUGUAAGAAAAAUAAUUGAAGGGAGCCCAUUGCUCUGAACCUGUAAAAUCUGGGGUGCCCAGUAUAUGAUUUGUAUGAAAAAAGUAAGAUUUUCAGUUUGUCCAAGAGCAAAAGUCAGGCACCAGGGGUCACCAGGUGCCGGUAGAGAACGGCGUUUCAUUUUAUAGGAAAAUCAUUGCUAUUAACUGUUUUUAAACAUUAUUUUUCUCAGAGAAUACCAAGCAGAGUUAGAUAUCAAAGGGCUGACAAUGUCAGACCCAGUAAGUAUAAAAUAAUUUUGUUACAUGUAUUAUUCGUUAUAAUAAAUUAUUAUAAUUAUUACAGUAUAUUAUUAUUUGGGAUUUUUAAUCAAUAAUGUUCAAAUCUAGUAAGUUGUUGGUUCUCUCCCUUGCUCCAGACUCCGGCAAAAACCAACAACAAAUUCCAAUUCAAGGAAUCAUUAAAGAACCAUUUGUUUUCACCUGAAAUCUAUUAUUUAUUUUAUUUAAUUUAUUUUUUAUAGUAUUGCAAAACAAAAACAACAGUGUUCAACAUUAAAAUAAGAAUGAAUAGAAAAAGAAAAAUAAGAAUGAAUAGAAAAAGAAAUAAUUAUGAAAUUAAUAAAUUAUAACAGAUAAUCAAGUGACAUUAUUCUUGCAUGACAGUACAAUGGCAUGCAAAUUAUUCAGAGAGAUGAGAUAUAAUUCAACUGUAAAUUAACAUAAAUAUGAGAGCCAGUGGCUGAUUUGAAAACAGCAGUUUCCCUAACAACCCAUUAACAGCCAUACUUCAAAAAAGCCACUCAAUUUUAACAAAUACAAAUACAUUUUAACACAUACAUUUUGCCUUGCAUUGGUUCAAUAAUGGAUCAUAGGAUUUUUAUUAAAAGGAGUAAAGAAGCAGGAUAUUCAAGGGUAAUAUUUUAAAUCAUAUUUCUUUGAACAUGUCAAUAACAUGUAAUAUUACUAUGGAAUUUUUUUUCUUCGCUUAACAGGUUAUAGACCACCAAAUCUGUGUUUGUGUCCGCAAACGACCUCUCUCUAAAAAAGGUACUUGCACAAAUUUUACACAUUCAUAGCAAUAAUUUGCUAAUUUAUACACCUGAAUUGACAGUAUUUUCUGGUGUGUAAGUUUACCCUUCCAAGUGACAAAUUAAUAUGCCCAGUUUACUUGGCAUCUCGAUUUACAAAAAUAAUGUACUGCAGAAAUAGAGUAAUAUACAUGUAUUUGGUAUUAAAGGUUAGAAACGCUGUGUUUUUGUAUUCAUGUCAUGUACAUUCAUGUAAUUAACUGUUUAACUUCAAUUGCAUUUCCUAUAGAACUUAACAAAAAGGAAAUUGAUGUUAUCAUAGUACCAAGUGGUGAUUACUGUGUGGUAAGUUUUCUAUAUAGUGACAGUGAGUUUCUAAUAUGGUGACGAUGCUUUGUUGAAAAAUUGGUUUAAAAAAAUGAUUCAUAUCAAAAUAAACAUAUUCAAGUUCUGUAAAACCUGUAAAAAUACCUGUACAACUUGAUAUAGUUCCACUAUAAUGCAACAUUGAUUUAGAAAUAGUUAUAGAAUUUUGAAUUGUUUUUUAUUUCAGGUACAUGAGCCCAAGCAGAAAGUGGACCUCACAAAAUACCUAGAAAAUCACAAAUUUUGGUAAGUGAGAGGUUUUUGUUAAAUGCAACUUGUUAAUUAUUAGUAACAGGUCAUUUGUGACACUGUAGCUCUUCUUGACAGAAUUUGCCUUUGAUUUUGUUUUAGGUUUGAUUAUGCUUUUGACGAAAAUGCAAAUAAUGAAUUGGUGUACAGGUAAGCUUUUUCACAGCUUCUUAAUCUGCUGAUCUGUUCAUUAAGACUUUGGUGUGUUCUCGGUGGCAUUAGCUGUUCAUGAUUUUCGAGUUUCUCAUUUGUGUGAUGUACAAACGUAGAUAUGAGAAAUUCUAUAACAAGGGAUGAGUUGUGGUGAGCAAAAUUUGAAAUAACUAUGAAUGGAUGAAAUAUAUAUGCUCUCAGAGUGGUAAAAUUGGGUGCAGUGCUGAAUGUGUUCAUCAGUGACAAACAUCGGAAAAAUGUCUCAUUAAAUGAGGGAGGAAAACAAGAGAGCACGCCCAGGGGGGCACGUAAAAAUUACAACCCGCAAGGAAGGUGACACGCGGAGGGAAGAGAGAUCAACGCAAAGCACAUGUCCAGUGCUGGCCACAGUCUGAGCUGUAGUCCCUCGUUGUCCCUUUUCCCUCCGCCUAUCCUCUUCUUUCUGGGUGGUGAUUUCACGCCCACUUGCCUCUCGAAAAUAAUACUUUUCCUCCCCAGGGGGUAGGGGCAUUGCCAAGGGCAAAAAGGAUUUCCACACUUUCGCGCACUCUGUUUACUGUACAUUAGGAUAAGGACUGUUAACAUUCAUAAGACAGCUUCUCCAAACUAUGCUCUGCUAGAAACAUGGACUCAUAAAGUGAGAAUUUGCAUUUUGAUAUAGGGGGAAACAGUGAAAUCUAACAAAGUGCAUUUUUUUUCUUUUUUUUUUUUAGAUACACUGCUAAGCCUCUUGUGGACACAAUCUUCAACCAAGGAAUGGCAACUUGCUUUGCUUAUGGUCAGACUGGAAGUGGUAAAACGCAUGUAAGUUGACUUUUUCCCCUUUCUGUCGGUGAUAAAAACAUUCAACUACAGUCGCCUUUCUCUGGACACCUCAGCAAAACAGACACCUAGAGUUGGUCCCUGGCUUUCUUUACUCCCUUAUUUGACUCUCUAUAAGAUGGGCACUCUAGUGACCGGUCAUUAUUUGUCGCCUGGGGGGGAGGCGAAGGAUUUUAGGGGGAAUCACUUGAUUCUUAGGAGAACAAAAGGGAGGAUCAGUCUUAACUGAGAACCCAAAAGGAGGGAUUGCUGAAGACUUUGGAACGAUUCAGAGGCAGGGGGAGGCACUCAAAUUUUCUUUGCAAAUAAAGACUUGGGGGAUCGCGAAAGUCAUCAAAAGCAAGAGAGCUCUCUUGAUCAAAAGUUAUUAGGGGGGAUCACUCCAGUGAAGUAACGUUCAGAGGGGGGACCGGCUAAAUUUCACCUUGUUUAGCCCCCAAUCCCCCCUCCCUCGCCAGGCGAUAAAUAAUGACCAGUCCCUUAGUGCUGAUCUAAAAGGUGGUCGUCUUAGGAUGGAUUUCCACUGUCGCGUAAUUUCAACGUGUGUGCGUGCGUAAAUAAAGUAAAGGAGAUGUAUGAAAGGUCGCGUGUAAACGUAAAAGCUGAACCUCGCUCAAAUGUUGAAUUUUUUUUUCAUUUGUUUACGCAUAUUACGCGACAGUGAAAAUUAACCGUUAGAGAGCGUUAAUUGUAUUGGCUUUCAAGUAUGUCUUGCCUAAUCACUUUAAUUGCUUUACAGACCAUGGGUGGUACGUUUUCAGGGAAACAGCAGGAUUGUACAAAAGGAAUUUAUGCCUUAUCAGGUUGGUAUCGCAUGCACCCUUUCAAUAGUACAAAACAAAUGUCUCGAGUUACGAUUACAUUCAGCUUAAAUGGAUUUAAAUGAUUCCUUUUCGAGGCACACGCGACGGGGGCAGCCUUAUUCCGUCGCGCAUGUCUGGCGCUCCUCGCUCGCAUCGUGCUAGCCUCCCACGCAGGCGUUUUUAGGGGAGCUCGUUUUUCAUGCGAGAGCGGUGUAUAAAUGUGGCAUUUUAAAAUAGGUGAUUCACCUUGCAAGUUGGAAGUCGUCACGUUUUCUAGUUGGUGAUACAGUGUAAUGAGAAGUUUUCAUGCAAACAUUAGGAUAAAUCCAGAACGUGAACGUUUUUUUCUUUCCUGCAGCUCAAGAUGUUUUCAAACAGAACAAGUCACCGAAACAUAAAAACAAGGAUCUUCUAAUAUCUGCAAGUUAUUUUGAGAUUUAUGGAAGCAAAGUAAGUGAAAAGUUCUCGAGAAUUUUCAACAUGCUGCAUUUCAAGGCCUGGGAAUAUCAAGUUUCAUCCUAUGAAAAUUGCAAGCAUACGUCUUGUUAUGUCUUUAAAAAUGUGUAUCCUUCUAGAACCCCCCCAAAAAUGCAUGUAUUCAUCAUGUAAAACGCUAAUUUUUAUUGUAGCUGUUUGAAAACUGAUUUUAACUCCGUUAAGACGUAGCAAUUUAAGCGAAAACGCGGACGACCUUAGCUGUAAGAAGACAAAAAUUUCAGUUGCCGUCGUCUUGAUUUGAAAGGCCAUUUUCUUCUUUCUGUUUAUUUAGGUAUUUGAUUUACUGAAUAAAAGGAAAAGACUAAGAGUGUUGGAGGAUGGAAAUCAGCAAGUCCAGGUAAAAGAUGGCAAUUGAUGACUUGUGUGGUUUAAAUACGGGGGCAAACAAAUGAACCAGUCGGAUUUCGGCUAAAUACUGUAAGGGGCUUCAAACGCGGGAAAAGCUUGCAAGCAGCUGACGAAUGGUUUAUUUCAUGCUUCUGAUUGGUUUAUUUAAGUGUCACGGCCGGGUUUCUUAGCCAGUCACAGUGUUUGACUAUCCAAACAAAAGUGAUUACUCCUGACAAACUUAUCGAUCACUGUUCUGCUUACCAUUAUUCUCGGUAGAGGGAAGCAGUGUCGAGUAGUGAUUCUUAUCUAAGGAAACAUAGUAUUCAGGAGAAGGCAAAACUCAACGAGGUGUAAACUGAUGCUUUUCCUUUACGUUAGUUCACUCACCUGGGUCAUGAAGUUACAAUUUUGUUUUUUGUUAAUGUUUGUGUGUUUGUUCCUUUUUGGCUUUACUCUUCACGGCAGGUCUGUGACUUGGAAGAAAAGAUAGUGCAUUCAGUGCAGGAUACAUUGAAACUCAUCGAGCUUGGUAAUAAACUCAGGUAAGCGACACCCCCGGCACAUGAUUGUCUUCGAUCAUCUUGUUAGCAAACCAUAAAGAAAGGUUUAUAAGCAGCUUUUUCAACACGUAAAUCGCCAGUCAUGUUUUUUCCAAUUUUCAGCAUUCACAUGUAGAUCUUUGCGUUAUCAGUAUGUAUUUUAGUGUAGACUUAAAAAGACAUGAAAUCACGUGUGGAUCACGUGUGGUAUUUUCCUUUAGGACGUCUGGGCAGACAUCAGCCAAUCAGAAUUCGUCGAGAUCUCACGCGGUAUUUCAGAUCAUCUUAAGAAAGAGGUAAGUUAGAAUACACUGAACUGAAAUUUUCUCAGCAAACUCCGAGAAAGAAAAGGUUGCGUUUUUCACUGACCAUGUUUUCGUUUUUUUUCUUUGUAGGGGAUUCAGAAAGGAUGGCGGGGGAGGCCAACUUUACGGCAAAUUCUCACUAAUAGAUUUGGCAGGUAAGUCAGUUCCAAAUGUUCUUAGUUUCUCCUUGCUGUGCGUUUAGUGGUGUUGAAAAUUACUUAUCCAGUCGGUUAACAGUAAACGUCUAAGACCUUGCGCUGUGACAUGCCGUAGCAAUGAAGUGUAGUAAAACUAUCACUUUCAAACUUUUCUGCCAUUGAAAUAUGCCACUGUAAAACUAAAGGAAAAAUAGUUGAUGAACUCCUUCUCGUCUGUUAAGUAGAUUUAGCGAAGACAACGCAAUGUCAAAAAUGACGUAAAAGCGCGCUGAAAGGACUGAACUCGACUUUCGGUGCUCAAAUUUCUGCCAUUGGUCCAGUAUUUUCUACAUUCUGCGUGCGACGUCAUCACUGUCGUGGCGUUGUGUUUGCUAAAUCCGCCUAUUGUUUGACAUGCGCACAGGAAACGAAAGAGGAGCUGACACUUCAACCGCUGACCGAGUUACAAGACUUGAAGGCGCAGAAAUAAACAAGAGUUUACUGGCUUUGAAGGUUAGUAUUAUUUUUGUUUAAGAAGCAAACGUAGAGAAGGAGAAACGGUAACGGAAGAGAUAAUGUAGGAUAAUCACGCCUAUUUUUGGAUAGGCAUCUUUACAACAUUAAUCAACGAGUUCCAGUGAGGUUAGUGAAGUCUUGGGAGGGUGCCAAUUGUUCGUGCGGAAAAACGUGGAAUCAAAGUAAUAUCGCUUGGGGAUGGGGUAGUGUGGCUUCUAUUUCCCCAAACCCCAUUCCCACGGGCUAUUUGUUUUGUGUCAGGUAAAAAAAUUAAAGUUCUCUAACUUCGUCGCCAGCGCAUGAAGAGGAGGUGGUAAAAAAGGGAAGGGGAAGGGGGAAUUCGCGCGCGCCUAUUCUUCCUUCCGCCCAUUACUUCCAAGCGCCUGCUACGCAGGCUACGCGAAUUCCCUCCUUCCGCCAUGUUGUUUAGUUCAUAGCUUCUUUUCGUUACACACUGUAAGUUUAUUUUCGAUCUUCACAGGAAUGCAUCAGAGCUCUUGGAAGAAAGGGAGCACAUUUACCUUUCAGAGCAAGCAAACUGACGCAGGUGAGAAACUUCAUACACUCUUCCAGGCAGCUGCUAUGUCAAGGAAGAAUAAGUUAUCUAAUGUACAGAAAUGGUGAACAAAGGCGCAUUUACAUACACUCUGUAAGCAAGCUUUGUGGUAAUUUACUCUUUGCGGUAUUGUUUUACUCCACAGGUUCUCAGAGACUCAUUCAUAGGAGAGAACUCGAAGACUUGUAUGGUAAGGUUCGAUUGUGAAUGAAGCUUUAGAGAUUUAGAUCAGUCUCCAUAAUUUUGUACCGUUGCCUUUAGAUCGCCAUGAUAUCGCCGGGAAUGAAUUGUUGUGAACACACCCUGAACACACUUCGUUAUGCCGACAGGUAAGUAGCAAUCGAGACUGCCAAAUUUAUCAUGUUUUGUUAAUAUCGCUUCACCUUUUUGAGUAAACUGGGCCUGCAACGUAAGGAGCUGGUCAAAAAGCAUAGGGAAGGGUGAGUAAGAGCAGAGAGGGGAAGGGUCAUCAGUUUUUGCACCCUGUGCAAGGUGUGGGACGUGCAAUUUUUAGCUAUCCUUGUGGGUGUGUCUCAUCCUAUUUUAUAACAGAGAUAUGAUUUUUCAUACAUAUAAUUUGGUUUCACUGGAUUAAAAUUAAACCAAAUAAAUGUUUACUAGUAGGGAUGGCCAAGUAAUUUUUAACCUUCAGUUAGGGGUAGCCUUUUCCAAAAAGAGGGGAUGGGCCAUGUGUUUUUCGUCCUCCACAUUUUGAAAGCUCCAGCCCAGCCCCUUGCCAUACCUUUUUCCAGCCCCUAAUUGUAAAAAGCGAUGCCUUUGUUUUCUAAUGGUGCCAUGAAUGUUUGGCAGAAGACUGAGUAGAAGCAUUAUCUCCUUUGUCUCGGUAGAGUAAAAGAGCUUGGACCCGAGAGUAACCGCAAGAAGAAAGGAGCUGCAGCUAAUGGCAGCGAAGAUGAUGGAAGCAGCCCUGAUGAGAUGUCUUCUCUGUCAGGUGGCCGACAUAUCAACAAUGUGGAUCUUGCUCUUCUUUGUAAUCACAGUGUACGUAUUCAUUUAAAGUAACUUUACAACUUCCCUUUUCAAACGCAUUGAUAUUUCUUGAAGAGAAAACUACCGUGACGCACGGUGGCAUGGAUAUCGGUAGACUACGAGUAGUCCCCCAUUUUUCCUCAGGGAUAGUAAAGCGUGCGAAACGCGAGCGAGCGUGAGGAAAAAUGGGGGACUACUCGUAGUCUAGGAUAUCGGCUCUUACUGUAAAAUUUUGCGACACUUGAGCUUUGCGUUUCUUCAAGAGUCCUCGUUCAUUUUGGAAACUAUGGGUUAGUGCUUAGAUGCUCCAUCCUGCUUGAAGAUUUGAACUGAUCAGUUAUAUUUUUUGGCCUCUGCUGCAGGGCUCUGGUGAGCAGUCCCAAGAACUUUACACGUUCCACGAAGCAGUUUCCCAGUUGCAGGAUGCUGAAGAUAAACUAGUGGAUGAUCACAGGAAGAACAUUGAGGUAAAGCAGUUAAUUCAGGAGCCUUUUGAAUCUCAACCUCAACUCAGACAAUAUGGAAAAAAGACUUGGGCAGUUGCCUUAAAAGAGCAGAGGCAUGACUGCAAAACGCUCUCCUGUUUGAAUGAUACACUAUAGGUAGUGUGUACUUGCGUCGUCAACCACAGAAGUGGUUGAGCAGAGUUAAGCGCCUUUUUUUAAUGGUUUGAUAACAUGUUUGAUUUGCCGCCAUUUAAGUAAACGCUGACAAAAAAAAGGUCCAAUUUUUUUCUCGGUGGUUUUUAAAACUUUUUAGAUGUGCACUGGAAACUCUACUUUUACUCCAAAGAAUGCGACCCAUCUUAAAUUCAACAGAAAUUCUUGAUUGUAUUUUCGUACAAUACUUAAAGACAUGUGAAAGCACUGUUGAAGGGGUUUCAUUUGUCGCAAGAACGGAUUCAAUUCCAAGUUUAUUUGCUCAUCGCCUUCUUCUCUGUUCAUAUCUUUGAUACAGGAAGCGGAGACAUUGUUACAAGAAGAAAGAAAACUGAUGGAGAGAGUAGACACAGAUGUGGAUUACAAUAUGGAAGGUACCCUUUAAGCCCUAAGAGUGAUCAACGUCAAAUUUCUCCUUGUAAUAUCAAUGCUUUACAAAACAGAGUGGUCAUGAGAAUUAAGGACAUGAUCACACAAGAUGAAUCUAAUUGAUACUUCAACAAAUUCUCCUCACUACUUCUAUUGAAAACGUAUAGGGAUAACAAAUGAGAAUUUGAAUUUUGAUAUUAGGGUUUAAAGGGUUAACAACGGUCUUGGAGUGCUUACCAUUUACACAAACCACCCAGGGAAAAAUCUUGCGCAUAAAAAUAAAAAUAUAAAAUUUGAUGUUGUGGGAGAACGACCCUCUACAAAGUAUUUGCAAAUCAACGCAACAAACUAAACAGUGUAGGGAAAUUGCGUCCCCUCAAAUCGCAGCUUAUUUUUUCUGAAGUUUACCAUUCGGAAUGCCACGAACCGUUUGAGUUUCCAUCCGUAAUUUCCGGUAGUUUUUUCGUAAAUGGUAAAUAUUUGUGUGUUUGUUUUCUGUCUUUGGUGUUGUUCGUUCAUCAUAUACUUUCAAUGUUGCUAUUAUUAUUACUCUUUUUUUUUCUUUUAUAAUUGGUGAUCUGUGUGCAAUUUUACAGAAUAUGUACGACGAUUAGACGAAAUACUGGCCCAAAAGAUCGAGAAAUUCACCCAGCUUCGAGGUAAGACUGCAUUGCUAACCUUUUUUCAGUUCAUCCUUGUUAGCUUAUUGUUGCGUCAAACACAGAGCUUUAUGCUGUCUCGAUCUCAAGGGGGAAUUCUUUCACCUGUGAACGAAGACGUAUUUCCGAUCGUCGCUUCUCUCCACCCGGGUGAGGUGUGCUCGCGGGCUAGGAAUUGUUUUGAUUGGUGAAAAGAGAGGCGGGCACAAAAAGGAAAACUAGACUUACCGAGACUUGGCUGUUCUUGUCGCCAGGACCCCUCGCUCUUCAGUUACACGGCCUUAUCGACUUAGGGGACACUGGGAACGAAAUUGGACUUAAGUUUACGUUUUCUGAUUGGUUCGUGCCUUGCAUCUGUUGUGUUUCGGUUUUUUGUUUUGUUAGAGUCGUAACUUUGCUUUCGUUUUAUUGUCAUUUGUUUUAUCGUUGGCUAAGCUAUCUUUUCCUUUAUUUCCUUUUACAUUUUUACUUGCCUUUUUACGUUGUAGACAAAGUAAACAAGUUCAAGAAACAAUUGGAAGAAGAAGAAAUGGCGAGCCGAAAUAUAAGAAAAUUACCAGGUUAUUAGCGCGCACGCUCGACAAUCUACGGCUGAAGUGUUUCCUGAUGGGCAAUCUAAGACCGUGAACCUGUUGCUUAAUGGUCUGCAGAAGGAAAUAUUCUUUAAGAUGUCAACGCAUCAUGCCAUGAAGGGAUCCAUUUGGACUUUCGGUCAGUCGGUGAACAUACAUUUAGAGGAACUGCAAUAUUUAAGUUGAAUAUCAGCUGCAAAGCACAGUUGUUUUGGAAAAAUCUUAUGACCAAUUUGGUCUUGUUUGUGGCUGUAUAUUUAUUGUGUCGAUUAGAGUAGGCGCAUAUCACGUUGUGUGUAAGAACAAAGAGGUGAAUGGUAUGAAAGCUGUAAAUUGUGAGUGGUAUAUUAUAAGUUGAUAAUGAUUUUGCAUUAGAGCCUUGUAAGACAAAAUAAGCUAAAAAAUAGCCCUUGUAUUACGUUUGUACAAUUCAGAGUUUUCCUUAUUGUUCUUAUAGUGAGGAAUAUUGACAAGGUGUGCAGGUUGGAAUUCCCGCAUUACCUUUCUACACAGAAUUGCCGGAAAGGUUUCAUUGUUGUUUUCCUACUGUGACAAUUAUUGCCAAGUCUUAGAAUUCUGUUUACUCCUGAGUGUUGCAAUGAUCAGCAACAAAAGUGUCCGAGUUCUUGAAGUGUUUAUGCUAGUCAGUGAGGAAGGUCAAAAAUUAAAGACAUUGACUCAUUCAAAAACGGUUUUUAAUUUUUGAAUCAAGCAGGUCUUGCGAACCUCAAGGGUUAGCCAUAAGUUAUGCCUCUAAGAGAGCUAUUCAAUUCUAGCUUUUAGUCUUACGUUAUUUGGAAUAGCCCGGAACAAGGUCUGCUCCUGCAGUAGAAAUCAGUAAUACUUGAAGUCAGUGUUUGGUUGUCUUCUUAGCGUACCUCAAAAAUGCCAUGGGGUACCUACAAUCUCAGACAAAAACCUUGAAACACUUUGGAAAAUUCUGCUCCUUUUCGUUUCCCCCUCCCUUUUGCAAUGUUUUUGUAGCCACGUAACUUUGCAAUCACAUCUGAACAUUGCAGAGGGACUGGGACGUGCAUAGGUGUUUCAAGGACUUUUGGCGCGCGAGGAUUGUAGAUGUCUGGCUCCGGUUGUUCAAACGUUUGAUAGCGCUAUCCACCGGAUAAAUCGCUAUUCAGUGCAUGCGUUUAGGGAAAUCAAUUGCGUUGUCCACUGGAUAGCGAUAUAGCGUUAUUCACCUUUCGAACAACUGGGUCCUGUUCUGGUAGACUGUGAACGGAUGUCUUGGGCGCUGACUUGACGUUCGAACCCAGCUUACAAAGCUUUACAAAAAUGUGAAGACUCCUUAAUAGAAACUCUUUUCAACUGGAAAAUAGCCUGCGUAGCAGGCGUUCGAAAAGGAACGUGAAGUAAAAGGAGAACGCCUUUCAUUCGCACUCCCUCGCGCGCCCUUCGCGCAUCUCACGCGUCCAAAAGCUCCUCCACUUUUCAUUUCGAAUGCCUUCCACCGUGACUGAUUGGAAAAUAUCCACUGAUGCUCAUAAAGGUAAUCGACCGAAUCCUUUUUGCUCUCAAG